UGGUGCAGAUACAGUACAAUUCUUUUGCUAUUUGUGUGUGAAACAUACCAAUCAAAUACUGAGACUGAUCUCUUUCACUUGUGCAUCCAGUGUUAGACUGCUGUAUCCGCGGUGCCCACAGAUGCGAUGCUGCCGCGUUCAGACGGCGCGUCUAGCAGGGUGUUUUUGUAAUAAAAAAAACGCUUUCGUGCGGGCAGGAACGAGAAUUACACGCCGCUGAUGAGUUUACGGUUAAAAUGAUUAAAAAAGGAUGCUCGGUUUCUGGUAAGAUGAGUAGGAUUUCAGCAAGUUGCUUAGCUCCUCCCAUUCGAUGAUGUAGCCCUAAAACGGAACCUCCUUAAUUACUAAUUUCUCCGUCCACUGCAGGAUCCUCUGUCCUAGAAGUUUCUUCAUGCGUGCGAUGUCCUGAUCCGAUCGCGCCUGACCUUUUAUUUUUUAAACACAAAACCCAGCGCUUGUUGUGAUUGCCGGGCAUGGGAGAUCACAAGGAGCCGACGAUGGUCCCCAAAUCCACUUCGUUUAGCAUCAAGAGCCUCCUGCUCCCUUCUAAAUGUGACAACCCGGGCUCGGGCGCCCCAGAAAAAAGGACUGUUCCUCCCGGGUCCGAUCCAGCGAAACCGCCGGCCCCCACGGAGAUGGAUCUCGAGUCCCCCAGCCUGGAAAACCACGAAGAGGACGACGAAGGGGGCGACCGACCGGCAGAGCAGAGCAAGACGGGGAAAUACGACAAGCCGCCGUUCAGUUACAACGCUCUGAUCAUGAUGGCCAUCAGGCAGAGUCCCGAGAAGAGACUCACCCUGAAUGGCAUCUACGAGUUUAUCAUGAAGAAUUUCCCCUAUUACAGGGAGCACAAGCAGGGCUGGCAGAACUCGAUCCGGCACAAUCUGAGCCUCAAUAAGUGUUUUGUGAAAGUGCCAAGACAUUACGAUGACCCCGGGAAGGGGAACUAUUGGAUGCUGGACCCUUCGAGUGACGAUGUUUUUAUCGGGGGCAGUACUGGGAAACUUCGCAGGCGGUCGGCUACCUCCAGGGGCAAACUGGCGAUGAAGAGGGGUCUCCGGUUCGCCCCUCUCGGGCUCGGAUUGAACGACAGAGCGAACAACCCUUUGUACUGGCAAAUUUCGCCAUUUUUGUCUUUGCAUCACCCGCACUAUAACGGAUCUGCCUCGGGAUUUCUGAACCAAGGGCACGCGUACGGCUCCCUACUUUCGGGAGUCGAGUCUCUGGGUAACGGGGACCUGUCCCGUCCGAUUUUGGGAGGACCCGCCGGGGGCAUCGGCUUGACAAGCAGUUACAAUGUUAACACGUCUCCCGUGAGCUUGCUGUCUGGGCAGACGGGUUAUUUCUUGUCCGGGACCCAGCACGUCCAGCCUCUCCAGCAAAGCGGGUCCAGGUUCGGCGCUCCGUCCAGUUCGCCCCCGACCCUGCUCACCGAAUCCCUCAGAACUUCGUUGCCUUCCUUUGCGCAAGGUGUUUCCACGGGGUUCCCGGGAGUGGCGUCUCAUCACAACAGAGCGACACCCGCUAAUUCGUUUCUAAACUGAUUUUGCGUUUUGUAGCGCUCCGCAUGGGAGAGAGAAAGAGAAAAAAAAAGUGAACGGGAUACACUAAAAAAAAAUAAUCUUCCUCGAUUUCUCCUGCGUUUUAUUUGGUGCAACGAAACAAGCUGAAAAACAAUGCACUUACACGAAAAAAAAUGACUAAAUCGCGCGGAAAGCGACCGUUUCUCUCGCGCUAUGCUGUUAUCGCCAUACACUGCGUGGACUGCGUAGUUCGGAAAUAUGCAGGAUAUUUUUUAACUUCGAAAGGGACAAACUUUGUUACCUGCAGGUUAAGAACUUGAUUUUUGUCAUACCAAAGAGGCCAUUCAGGGGCAACAUGUUGGUAGCUGCAAGAUGACAUCACCAUCUUCUUUGGGCCACAGAGCAUCUCAGGUGAGUGUUUCACUGAUGAAUGCCAGGUGGACUGUUGUGUUGCUCAAGCCAAACUGUGGGAGGCGAACAGGAUCAUGUGGGUAUGGAGCAAUGUCCUUUAAAAGUAAAAUGCCUCAGGUGCUGUUUGAGGGCAAACUUCCUGUUCAGCGAUACAUUGACAUUUGAGUAACCCAAGCGAAUGGUUCCUUCGUUUCUGCAAGCCAAUCCGGAAAUAUCGAUUUUCCAGCAGGACAAUGCCAAAACCACACAGUGCCAGGAUUACAAUGACACUCCUUCAGGAAAACAGUGCGAAGUCAUUGUGGGAACUGAUCAUCUUUGGGACCAGCUCGCCAGUGGCGCCACAGGAGACAGCUGUGACUGGCCACCCUUCGUUACUGGCUACAGAGUCACAGGAAGAGUGGAGGAACAUUUCGACAGGGUGUUACAUUUGACAAAACAAAAUGGUUCUUUUUACCUCACGUUUUCUGUGCUUGAUAUGUUUUUGAAAAUAUUUGAUCUGUCAGAAUUGAUUGUUCCGUUUCCUUUGUGCAGCUGUAAACAAGCAUUCAUUUCAUUUAGGUAUUAAACCCUGGAAAUGUGUGUCACUUAU